GCAGAGAGGAUUCCCAUGGGGCUGGCACAGUGCCUGGCAGCUGCCUUCCUCUUCCUCCUCCUCCUGGGUCUGACCGAUGCCCAGCGGCUGGUGACUGUCCAGGAGGGACCCCUCUACCGCGUCAGGGGCUCCCACAUCACCCUGUGGUGCAAGGUGAGCGGCUACCAGGGCCCGGCGGAGCAGAACUUCCAGUGGUCCAUCUACCUGCCCUCGGCCCCCGAGCGGGAGGUGCAGAUCGUCAGCACCGUGGACCCCUCGUUCCCCUACGCCAUCUACACGCAGCGCGUGCGCGGCCGCGGCAUCUUCGUGGAGCGGCUGCAGGGGGACGCCGUGCUGCUGCACAUCACCGAGCUGCAGGAGCGCGACGCCGGCCAGUACGAGUGCCACACGCCCAACACCGACGAGAGGUACUUCGGCAGCUACAGCGCCAAGACCAACCUCACAGUGAUUCCAGACACACUCUCGGCUUCCAUGGCACCCCAGGCCCUCAGUCACAUGGAAGGGGAUGUGGUGGAGCUGACCUGUGAGGUGUCCAAGGCCACUGCCCAGCACACCCAUCUCUCAGUUGGCUGGUACCUUCUUCAGGGAGCAGGAGAGCAGCCUGCCAAGGAGAUCCUCACCCUCUCCAAGGACUUCAUCCUGAAGCCAGGGCCCUCUUAUGAGCAGAGGUUCCUGGAGGGGGAUGUGCAGCUGAACAAGGUUGGGAACACCACGUACAAGCUCGUCAUCAGGGGAGUGAAGCCAUCCGACCAGGGGCAGCUGUACUGUGAGGCAGCCGAGUGGAUUGAGGAUCCUGACAAGACAUGGAAGGACAUCUCCCGCAAACAAACACAGAGGACUCGGCUGGCAGUUUUGAGCCGGGACAAAGACCUCUCCGUGGACCUCACUGCCACUGAACCCUCCCUUUCUGAAGGGGACACCUUGCAGCUCAGUUGUGUGGUGGAAGCCCCAAAAAGCAGCAACUUCAAAGUCAUCUGGCUCCUCAAUGACAUGGAAGUGGCCAGGAUUGACCCCCAUGGGGUGUUGACUUGGGAGGAAGAAUACGAGGAGAGAGCCAGGCUGGGGCAGCUCCGAGCAUUCAAGCCAAGCAACACAGUCUAUGUCCUCACCAUCUCUGAGGUGGGGCUGGAGGACAAGGGUACCUACCAGUGCUCUGUGUCGGAAAUGAAGACUCCUGGAGACUUGCAGAGCAUCCAGACCGCUGUGUCAUCAGGCAUCCAAGUCGACGUGAAGCCAGUAGGUCUGGGUCUGCACGCCACGCUGAGAAGCCGAAUUGCCACGGUCAGUUAUGGGCAGAGUUUUGAGCUCUUCUGCCAAGCGGCUGCCAGCUACACCCUGGAGGAGGUGCCGCUGUCUGUGCGGUGGCAUUUCCAGCCCAGCCCGCCCACGGGUCCCUUACAGGAGCUGGUCCAGGUCCUUCCCAAUGGCACUGUGCUCUGGGGGGCGGCACAGCCACGCUUCCAGGGGAAAGCCCAGCUGGCCAAGACUGACACCUCCUUCAGGCUGCACGUCCACAGCGCCCUGCCCGCCAAUGAGGGGAUGUACCAGUGUGAGGUGGAGGUCUGGAGGAGGAACGUCCUGCCCCUGGGGCAGCCAGCAGCCAGCACCAGCUCCAAUGCCGUGGGAAUAAAAGUGGUGCUGCCAGAAAGCAAGCUUCAGGUUGCUACGAAGGACAGCUCUGUGGAAAUUGCCAGUGGUAAUGCAGCCAUUCAGUGCAGGAUUGUGUUUGCCCAGGAUAAUUCACAGUUUGCUGUUACCUGGUACCUCCUGCCUCCUCUGGCAGACACAAGAAAAACCCUGCAAAUCCUCAGGGCCAACUACACCAGCGUACUGGAAUAUGGGCCUGAAUUCAGCUCUCCUGCACAAAAGUCCCGGUUCCUGAGCCAGAGGGUGUCCAGCAGCCUAUUCCAGCUGCAGAUCCUCUCUGCAAACCUGGGGGACCAGGGCAGCUACUACUGUGUGGUGGAGGAAUGGCUCUGGCUGGUGGAUGGCUGGUACAAGCUCGGGGAGAGAGCAUCGGGAAGGACCACGCUGCAGUUCAAACUCUCAGAGCGCGAGCUGCAGAUGGAGAAAACCAACAACAGCAUCUCCGCGCGGGAGGGCGAGGAGGCCACGCUGCCCUGCCGGCUGCAGAACGCCCUCCUGCCCCACUCACGCCUCUCAGCCACCUGGUUCCAGGUGAAGGGCAGUGGCCGUGACAGUGCCCUGCUGUCCCUGCAGCGCGAUGGCACCGUGCAGUACCCCGAGGGGCGGCUGGCAGCGAGGCUGUUCCUGCGCCGUCCCUCCGCCCGCGACUUCAGCCUGACGCUGAGCAGCGUGGAGAGCGGAGAUGCUGGGGCAUAUUACUGCCAGCUGCAGGAAUGGCAGCAGCAGGGCGAGGGGAAGGGCUGGGCUGUGCAGGCCUUGGCACGCUCAGGGAACACCCAGCUCAUCACCAUCCCGCCAGAGUCAACUGUUUUGUCUAGGAUCUGCUCAUCCCCACCACUGCUGAACUUCAUCUUAUACUUACCACUGGUUCUGAUCCUUCUGCUGGCCCUUGCUGUCUUCUGCUGGUACUGCAAAUUCAGGAAAAGCAAGAAGAGCAACAUCACUGGAUGGAUGAUGGAACUGGAAGGGAAUGAAGAGGCCAAGAAAACUUAG